UUGAUUUCAACUAAAAAAAGAUAAAAUGUUUUAAAAUCUAAAAUGAAUUGUUGUCCGAUGUAAGAGAGCAAACUAUGAUGAUAAAAUGAAAGUUUCAAAGUUUGGUUGAUAUCUACAAAAUGCAGAGUUAAAGAAAGAGUUAAGAAUGGAGUUCCUUUUCAAAUUUCUAGUUCUUCUAAUCAUUCGAGCUUCCGUAGCAAGAAGAAAAGAAUACAACGAGAUAUUGGGGUAUUCAACCCAACGUGUUGGAUUCAUGCAGACCUCUUUACAGGACCAUACGGUCAGGAUAGGACAGGAUAUAUCAUUCAUUUGUCAGAUUCGGAAUAUAGGAAACUACAAGGUUGCAUGGCUACACUCAGAAAAAGGAAUUAUUGCGGUCCACCCUGAUGUUCUGGGCCAAAAUGAAAGAAUCAAAUCAAUGCAUGAUAACAGGGAUUCCUGGUCCCUGGUUAUAAAGUCUGUACAAGAAGCAGACGCGGGCAAAUAUAUUUGUCAGGUCAACACAGAAAUCCCCGAAUCCAUCUCAGGAACACUCAGUGUAGAAGUGCCUCCUGAUAUUAUUGAUGAAAUGAGUAGUUCUGAUACACUUGUUCAAGAAGGAAUGAGGGUUACACUAAGUUGCGAAGCCACUGGUGUUCCUAAACCUAUUAUCACGUGGAGAAGAGAGUCAAAAAUAGAAGGCCAGAGAACACCUGAAAUGCUGCGACUUUGCAAUCGUACCUACAGUUCAGCUAUAGAGAGAUGGGUUGAGAAAUGUACAGAAGUCGAGGAAUAUGUUGGAGAUGUGUUGGAACUAACAAAUAUAAACAGAUUUGAUUCAGGGGUCUACCUUUGUAUUGCUAAUAACAAGGUUCAACCAAGCGUAAGUAAAAGGGUGAAGCUGUAUGUAGAUUUCCCCCCAACAUUAUCAGUUUUUCACCAGCUUGUUGGCAAAUCACAAGGAGAACAGGCCACUUUGGAGUGCUUAACUUCCGGACAUCCUCCGCCUUUCCAUUUCUGGAAAAGAAAUGGUUCAUUUAUAGUUAACAAAACGAAUAAGUAUUCUGUUGUUGAAUACAGUGGGCGUGGUAGUGAAAGAAAUACCUUCAGUAAACUAACUAUUAUGGAUAUAACAGAACAAGACUUUGGAAACUAUCAGUGCCAAGCUAAGAAUAGUUUGGGAGAAACAAAUGGAAAUAUAAAAUUAUAUGAAAUAGUUUUACCUACUUUACCUACAAUUGUUCCAACCUACUUGUCAACAAAUGAUGAAAUAUCAAAUCAAGGUUUAGAUCGAAAAGAUGAAGACUAUUUAGUCGAAAAGGAACCAUCAUUCACAGAACGAGACAAUUGGAGAAGAAUGAAAGAGAAAAGAAGAAGAGAAAAAGAAAACAUGAAGAGAGAAAGAAGUAGAGAUCCAUGGACUUCAGCUGGGUCUCUAGUCAGCUGUUCUACCACGUGGUUGUAUACUCUCAGCUGGUUCUUCUCCCGGAUUUUCUGUCCAGCCAAAAUGUUCUUGAAUUCAUAGUGACAAAACAAAAACUCAGAGUUGAAUCAGUCUUGUUUCUAAGCAUAUGGCUCAAUAGAACUCACGGUGCAUUAUUUUGUUUUGAAAUAUAUCAAAAUAUAAAACAAUAACAUUUAAAGUGGACCUUGAGUGAAAAAAUGAGGCGUCAGUAUCUAUAAUUCAUCUGUAACAGAAGUUAAUGUUUUCAGGGCAUUUUGUCAGCAUUGAAAGCUCAAUAGUUUAAGUAGCACUAUCAAAAGGCCAACAGUUUAAGUACGAGGGGUAAAUUGUUGAAUCAUAUCUUAAAAUCAUUGAUCAAUUGUGUUAAUGCAUAUCUAAAAAAGAAUUUCUAUGUACAUUUGUUGAUAAAAAUGAAAAAUAAAAAAAAAGUAAUACAACCUGAAAAUCAGGACCAAGAGCCUAUUUCAAAAUAAAAUGCUAAACUUUUUCAUUUCUAUCAAAAGUUUCUUUUCAAUAAAUCUAAACAAAAUCAAUUUGAAAAGCUCUAUUAAGGAAUUGCGUAUAUGUCACAAACUCAAAUAUUCGACUCCCUAUAUCUUUAAAACAUUUAAUAUUUAAACUUAGACUAUUUAAUCUAACAAGAUUUAAUGUUUAAGGUUACAACAUCGGGUUCAGAGACAUAGGGGUUAAACAAACCAGAGUUUGUGGCAAAAACUUAAUUUCUUCACUACAAAAUAAGUUGAUUUUUGAUUUACAUGAUUUAUUUAUAUUUAAAUAGAAUUCUUUUUAUAAUUAUGACAUUCAAAAUAUUUGUUAUAUACACUUUUACUUUUAAUCUAUCUAAUUUAUAUAUGAGGUGGUUGGAGGAACACAAAUUGCUCCAUAAAACAAAAAUUUAUUUAUUAAAUUUUAUUUGUUUUGUAUAAAUACAAAAUAAAUUUGUUAUCUUUA